UUGUAUCCGAAUAUCUGGCAGCAAAAAAAGUUAUUAUAACCUAGAAAAGUAAAUUGUCAAAAUAUAGUUAUUCAAAUCUUACAAAUAGUAUUCCUAUUAGUUGGGCAAUUGUUUACAUAGGGGGUUUAAAUAUGUUUGGGUUACGUUCGUUAGUUCAUAAUGCCAUUACUUCAGGAUGUAAUAUAAAUCAUCAACAAACAAGAAACACAUUUAUUCUUAAAAGAAAAACAGCAGUGCCUCUGCAUAAGAAGGGUGGGCAGCCGAUAAAACUGAAAGGACGGCAUUUUGUAUACGACCUUGUUGAAGAUACAAAUGUGAAGAGAAAACCUGAUGUAAAAGUAAUCCUUAACCAGUUCAUCGAUGGUGUUGGGAAUAAAGGUCAAGUUCUAACACUCCGACCUCACCAAGCCUACAAUGAGUAUCUGGUGCCUGGAUUAGCUGUUUAUGCCAGCCCACAGAAUGUAGAAAAGUACAAUGCUAACGAAGAGAAGUCUACUAGUGAAAGUAAUUACAGUUCACCUUAUGUGCACCGGACUGUUGGCUGUUUGUCUCGUGUGGUAUUACAAAUUACAAUGAGCAAAAUAGAACCCUGGGUUUUGGAGCCUUGGCACAUCAGUACUUCUUUCAGAAAGUCUGGUUUUAUGGUCCCUGAACAUGUUAUUGAGAUGCCCCCUGCUCAAAUCAAGGGACCUGACCUAAGCUUACAGGAUAAGGAAUUUUAUGUGACUGUAACGAUCAAUAAUACAGAAAAAGUAAAUGUAAGAUGUAGGAUUCAUCAUUGGGCCACUGGAAUGGAGAGGCUACCAUGGGAGGAGUUCCAUUGGAAGAAACCUAAGGAAGCACUAUUCCCUGAACAAGCCGCAGAACUGGAGAAAAUUCCUUUGCCCCAAUAACAAGUAUAUGAUUAAAAUAAAUGUAGAUGAAAUUUAAUUUUACUUGUAUAGUUGCAUUUUUUUUACUAUUUAUCUGAACAAAUAUUCAUAAUUAUUAUGCAACAAGCUAGAAGGGGGUCCAUCAAAAUCCUCUAAGGAAACCUAUAAAUGUUAUGAAGAAUCAUGUUCUGUUAGUUAAAAAAAUAAAUGACAAAGUUUUAAAGUA